AUGACUGUGCCAUCUGGGUCCCGCUUCUGUAAUCCAAAACGCGUGGGGACUCUGCGCCAGGAUCUUGCGGAGGAGCUGCUGGAUUUUUAUCCGAGGGCGAAGGUGGUGUUGAAUCGGCGGAGGGAUAUGAAUGCCUGGCAUCGGAGUCUGAAUGAAGCUGCGCAGAUGAUAUUGAGGAGUUGGGGUGUGUGGGGUUUGAGUUUGGGACGCGGAGCUGUUUUGGUGGUAUCAGAGUGCGGUGUUGUGGAUGGGGAUUGUGGGUUUAAGAAGAACGGAAAAGAGUGGGCGAGGAGUUAUUAUGAGAGGUUGGAAAAGAAGUUGGAGAGGGACGGGAGGGAGUAUUUGGAUUGGGAGGUUCAGGAUGGGUGGGGACCACUGUGCGGGUUUUUGGGGAAGGAGGUCCCGGAGGAGGAUUUCCCUUGGGGGAAUAGGGGGGGAGGGGAGUUUGAGAAGAAUGCGAAUAAGACUAUUAAGAAGAUGGCGUAG